AAUGCGGUAACGUACAGUAACGUACGCGCCGGAACAGCGAGGAACAUUGUGCAAAAUGUCGUUGUGUCAUAGUUACAUGCCAAAUUACUUCUCGAUCGACGAUAUUCUUUCCAGUCAAGAACGCGUUUCAUGCAAGAUCGAAGUUAAACUGCCAGGUCUCGGCUACUUGGACGUGUCUUCGGAGUCGCCAGAUCUGCAAUCAGGAACAAAAUUGGACCUCCCUCACUGGCUUGCGUACCCCAUGAAUUCUAGAACGCAUCCAUUCGUCAGUAUAGAAGUUCCUAAAAUAUACAAGGAGGCAUACCGUGAAAUUCUAACUGCAGACGCAUGCGCGGUGGCUCUAAACAAGUGGAGUUGCUAUUUCUAUGAAUUCGGAAUUCACCUCGCUCAAUACGAGCACAGCGACUGCAACCUUAUUCAGGAUCUACUAUUGCAGGCGUUCAAAUCGCGGUUCAGACUAGUAAUGGACUGGGCUCAUAAUACAGGAACAGAUCCGACGGUAGGAUUGCAGCUUCCUAUUCUGGAGAGAAAGUUGUUUUUAACAGGUAGAAAGUCUAGGUGUCUCUUGAUUUCUUGGUUGAAGGAAGGUGGCGGUAGUAUUGAGACAUCGGAGAUGGUAGCUAAUCAUAAGAAACGAAAACGAGCGGAGCUAGAGGAUGAGAAUACGUGAUUUUGGGCAAUUCUUAGAUACUCUUGUGCAUUUAUUACUCUGCUUUGCCGACAGUACUGUCUUGCAAGCUACUCGAAUCGAUGAAACUCUCCUGAAAACUGAAUCGAUGAUCAAAUUAAAGCUGGACUUUAGAUAACUCCUUGUAUAAAAUUGAAUCGUUUCUUGAAUACUCGGGGUGAGGAUGACGGGGUCAAAAUUUGUUUUUAUAUGCAUGAAUAAUUAGAGGAACACUCUUGCUGUUUUAGAAUUGUACAAUUAUAACCCUUUAUUUGAACAAGUGAAAUAGAUAGGUUUGAAUAAUUAUCGCUAUUACUAGGUAACAAAUGUAAAUAUUCUCUUCCGUGAUAUUCUCCAACGAAAUCAGUCACAUGAUAUAACUGCUAACGUUAGAAAAAUCAUAAUGACAGUAAUAAUUGUAAUAAUAAUAGUAAUAAUAAUAAUAAUAACAUUAAUCACGCAACAAACAACAGGUUCAUCAUUUAUCUCACAACCCAUUGACUACGUAAGGUUAGAAUGGAAAGAAAAUAAUCACUAAUUAUUCAUUGAUUUAAUGAACAAACAAAAACUCGGAACGAUUCUUGUAAGCAAUUCUAUUCGCAUUUCAUAACGGUCGAAGAGAUAUAAUUUUUAAAAGAAAUCAACAACAACGAGAAUGUGAGUUCACAUAAGUUGUUUGUUUGUACAGAGAACGAAAGAAUGAAAUGUAAACAAUAUUAAUUAAAAGCGAAAGAUACGCUAUAUCUUCUAUCGGGCGUGUGUAAUGUGACUUUUUUUUAGUUUGUUCAUUUCUGAAAAAUUUUUUAUUUCUAGCUUGUUAAAAAUAUAGGAAAGUUUUAUUUUUUAUGCGUAAACCUCAUUUUGGAGUAAAAAAAAAAAAAAACAUAAUAUUUUACUAUUGCUUUGGGUUCGGUCGAGUUUCCACAUCAAAUUGUAAUAAACUCUCUGAAUUCUCAUUGAAAUUAUUUUCUCUCUUUCUUCAGAUUUUGAAUAACGCUAACAAUAAUAAUAAUUAUUAUUAUUAUAACAAUGACAGCAAUAAUAUUAAUGCUAACAGUUGUAAUAGGAAAUAAUAAGUACAGGGCUGGUAGUCGGUCACUUUUCUCACUAUUGUUCACUUUUUUUUGAACGGAGUCACGUUUUGUUAUUUUUUCCAAGAAAUGAUCUUUCAAGUCAUUUUCUCGUUCGUAAUAUUGAGUUUCGUGCAGAAAAAAUUUUGUUGCACAAUUUUUUUCUUACGUGAUAUCCGCUGUGGACAAAAUUCUGUUGUUUUUUUGUUUUUUUUUAAGCGUUAUAGUAUUUUCAGGAGAAAAAUUAGCUUCAGUUUUAUUUUGGAAAAUCAACUAUGAUAACAUUGAUCAUUAUUUCUUUAUCGAAAUGUUUUGCCCGAAAGGACAAUAAAUUCGUAAAUCAGAGUUAUCGUUCACUUGUAACUCAUUCACUGAAUAUCGUGUACAGUGAUGCAUUUUUUUUAAUGCGGAAAAAGAUGUCACGAACAAUGAAAACCCGUAUUCAGUGACAUAAAUGAAAAUAGGGCUAUUUCUGAUGAAAUGAAUAAGACUGUGGCGACACUUUUCGCUUAAUUACUAUAUUUAAUUAUGAUCGGUCACUAUUCAGUUGCUUUUUUUAUGUCUGACAGUCGGUUUUUUUCACUUUUUUGAAACGACUUGAAUACUACCAGCCCUGUAAUUAUUAAUUGCAAUAAUUAUGAUCUUGGGGCAAUAAUAAUAUUUCAAUUUCAAAAUUACUGUAGACUGAAUCUCCCUGUCUAUAUAUAACAUACACCAAUAUUUACGGUGUUACUAUAACAAAUUGCAUUGCAAUGGCUCACGUUACUCGUAAGUAAUAUAAAAAAAAAAAAAAAAUAAAAAAAAAAAAUAACGCGUACUGCGCAUAAAUUACGUCGUCUUUAGUAAAUUGACGCGUUUUUAAUUUUACGAUUGUACAAAAUAAUGUGUAUACUAUACACAGAAUUUAAUACCUAACGACAACGAUAUUUACAAGAAGUUUUUUCCUAUUAUUGGUUUCGGAAUGUAUAUAAUUUUUUUUUUCCCAUUCCAUACGUCCUAAACUUCUAUAAUAUUUUAUUGUAAAAUCUUUAAUAUAUCUAAGUUUUAUAUAAAAUAUAUUAUUAUAUAAACCUUCUCGUCAGUUAUAAAGUUACAGUUCUAUUCACCCAAGGUAAAGUGGUAUUAAAAUUUUUUUAUUCGAGACAAUUUUUAGCGACAAACCGGAAGCGAAAAAUGAAAAAGCGAAACUUGUAUUUAGAAAAAAAGGUUGUGGAUAAUACAGAUAAAAUUUGUAAAUCGGUAAACGAAAAAAGAAACUCAUUCUAACCCUUCGAUCGUUUUAGUUUCUCUCCCUUUCUGUUGCAUCUUUUUUUUGUAGCAAUUUUUCAUGCCCACCAUUUGAUUGUAAAAAAUUGUGUAAGUUUCAAAUAUUUUCAUCCAGUCGUUUCCCGUAUCGUCGCGAGAGUUUGCCGGACAGACCGACAUUUUCUUUAUACUGUUUUUCGAAUUCUAGAGGUUCAAAAACGUAAAGAUUCG